AUGCCGAUACCGGGAGGAUCUAUUGCUGCAACCAGCAGGAUACUUCUCAAAGCUCAAGAUAUUCUGUUUGACAUUAGCGCUGAGGCGCUUAAUGCGACGUACUCGUACUUGGCCUCCGCUUCGCCAUCUGCGACCAGCUACACUUUCGACCCCGCGAAACUGGGUGCCCACGCGACCUCAUCUUCCACCUCCAUCUCCUCUACCGCCAGCACAGGAAGCAUAAGCACUGGAACCACUGCCUCAACUGCUCAUCCCGCGACCAGCGGACAGAGCACAGUAACAGUAGUUGCCUCCACCUCCAACUCCCCCUCGUUGUCAGGCGGGGCCAUUGGAGGAAUUGUCGCUGGCGCGGUAAUUGCCGUGAUGAUCAUACUAGGGGCCAUUUACCUUUUCCUGAAGCGUGGCCGCUCACAACAGGCACCUCCAGGUCCAGGCGCUCCUCUUCCAGGACCGGCACAUAUCAUGCCGCCCCCAGAUCGCACAUUGGAGGCUGAGUGGAAACCUGUUUAUGAAACAGGAUAUACCGAGCGGCCUUAUGAAGUGGAAGGGCUGACGAAACAGGUGCACGAAGCCGGUGGGCUGUCGUCUACCAGACAUGAAUUACCGGGUCAUUGA